GGUAACUGCAGCAGCUGGGGAAACCUCCAUGCCGUAAGUGGAAUAAAAUCAAUAAUAAAUAUUGGUGGAAACAGAUUACGCUACACAAGUACUUUACUAUGCUUGUUGUUAACACUUGUAUAUGUAAAUCUGAUGUUGGUAGAUUGUUUUCUUCUUGGAGCUGAAACGCACGUGUGGCAGCUUAGCAUUUAAAAAAAAUUUUUUUUUAUAUAGCGUUUUGACAGUUGCUGUCAUAUUUUCGGAAUCAAAGCACUUUGUACCGGAACAACAUUCCGGCCCUGAAUCUUAUACUGGAACUGCGUUCUGGCCCUGAACCUUAUACCUGCGUUCCUGACCGUUCUGGCCCACUUUCACCCCUGGCUGUAAAACAGUGCUAAUGUGCCUUUGCUUGUCCAUCUUUCGUCUGCAUGUAUUCAGUACAACAACACUUGUCGAACUUUCCAUUGAUAUCUGUCUCCCUGCAUACCUUCCCAUAUGUGGAUGUUUGUCUACCUGAAUGUUGUCAACAUGUUUGUCCUGCAUACGCCUACUCCAGUCUGCCAAAGGGGGCAGUGUGGAGCUCGACUCCACGGGGAGCUCAAUUUUUCAAAAUGUCGUCGCUAGAACAGAGGUUGUCGCGAAUCGAAGAGAAACUAAAGCAGGAAAACGAAGAGGCUCGGCGGAGUAUGGACCUCAAGAUCGACGUGAGCCCCCAUAGAUCCCACGCAAGACCAACCCUCCAGUUGCCCCUGGCCAACGACGCAGGAAGCCGCUCAUCAUCUUCAGAGAGCUCGCCUCAGCACCAUCCUUGCCGUCCCAGACACAUGCUCAACCUCCCCACCCCACAGUACGGCCUACAGAAGAGUUUAGAGAAUGCCGAGAUUGACCAGAAAUUGCAGGAGAUCAUGAAGCAAACGGGUUAUCUUAAAAUUGACGGACAGAGGUAUCCAGCUGAGGUCACAGAUUUGUUUAAUGAGGGGGAGAUUGGCAGCGGGACCUGUGGGCAGGUUUUUAAAGUGCGAUUCCAGAAGACUGGUCACGUCAUCGCGGUUAAACAAAUGCGGCGGACGGGGAACAAGGACGAGAACAAGCGGAUCCUCAUGGACCUGGAUGUGGUGCUGAAAAGUCACGACUGCCCUUAUAUCAUCCAGUGCUACGGUGCCAUUGUUACCAAUACAGAUGUAUUUAUUGCCAUGGAACUGAUGGGAACUUGUGCUGAAAAGCUGAAGAAGAGAGUCCAAGGCCCCAUCCCAGAACAAAUCUUAGGAAAGAUGACUGUUGCCAUAGUGAAAGCCUUGCUGUAUCUGAAAGAGAAACACGGUGUCAUCCACCGAGAUGUGAAACCCUCCAACAUUCUUCUGGAUGCAAAAGGUCAGAUCAAACUGUGUGACUUUGGGAUCAGCGGACGUCUCGUCGACUCUAAAGCAAGGACCCGGAGCGCUGGCUGUGCUGCGUACAUGGCGCCCGAGAGAAUAGACCCUCCCGAUCCCACCAAACCCGACUACGACAUCCGAGCCGACGUGUGGAGCCUUGGCAUCUCACUGGUGGAGCUGGCCACAGGACAGUUUCCCUACAAGAACUGCAAUACAGACUUCGAGGUUCUGACCAAAGUGCUGCAGGAAGACCCUCCUCUGCUGCCACUCAGCAUGGGAUUCUCCCUCGACUUCCAGUCCUUUGUCAAAGAUUGCCUCACUAAGGAUCACAGAAAAAGGCCAAAAUACCACCAGUUGCUGGAGCACAGCUUCAUCCGACGUUACGAGGUGCUUGAGGUGGACGUGGCCGGUUGGUUCCAGACGGUGAUAGAUCGCACAGAGUCGCCUCGUAGCAGUCAGUGUUACAGCCAUCAGCACCAGCUCCACUCAUCGCUCUUGAGCAGGUAGCCCGCAGAGAUCCCCUCGCUCGCCAAUAGCUCAGCUGUCUUCUCAAAUGUAGUCACGCCUCAGCCGAAAGAAGCUAAGCCCAGCCUUAGACUCUGUCCACCGGAGAAGCCCUCAUAAAGCGGGAUGAUGAUGACGACGACAGAUUUUUUUUUUGGGGAUGGCAACUUUGACGAAGGGAGGGACUGAUGGGCGGAUGGAUGAAUGGCAUGGUCAAUCUGGACAGGCAGACAUGGGAGGGCAAAUGUGUGCUGUAGAUAGUUAGCGUCAUUUAUGUGCAAUUAGUAACUACCAUUAUCAUUGUCACUUUUUUUUUUUAGCUGCUUAAAAAUGUGUGUCAUACCAGCCACUGUCACAUAUAUCUGUUGACACAUAGUUACAAAUCGUCUCAAUAGAUUUUUAAUCAACUAACGCACUGCCAUUGACGAAUAGAUAGAAGUCCAAUCCAUUAUGACCAGGAGGUCUGACGGUAAAUUGAAUUGGAUAUCUAUCGCUAUCAGUGGCAGCAAAUGAGUUAAUAAUUUUAAUUGUUGUAAGUUAAAGUGAAAUUAGAACAAUAUAGAUCAAAAAUAUUUUUGAAUAAUUGAAUAAGUUUAUUAUUGAUAUUGUCGUUGAGCAAUCGGAGUCUCAUUUUUUGAAUUCUACAACUGAAAUAUAUGAACUUCAGUUUAUUUUAAUUUAUUGACAUGUACCUCUAAAGUAUACAUCCUAUUAACCUUUAACAAAAUGGCACCGAUCAUCAGUGAUAGCCUAAUAUUUAACACCAUUUUCAAGCGAACAAGCUACAGUCUAUAUGUUAGCUAUUAAUUGCAAUUGCAAUUGGGAAAACGCUGGAAAAAAAUUAGUUGUAUUAUAACUUUUUUUUUUGUUAUUAAUCAAUAGUGAGUGAUCUGAGAAGAGAUGGAAAGAAACUGCUAGAAUGGAAAUGAAAAGUAAGUUGGGGAUUGUUAACUUGAAGUUACUUUUUCUGCGACCCGACAUAGAGGGCACAAGUUCAACUAGUACAAAGAAAUUGAAAAGGCGGUGGUUGGAUGUUAUCAACUGUGGAGCACCCGUAUUCUCCACUUGGUUGUCUACCUCAUCCUCUCUGUCUGCCUCCACUUUCAGUGUUCCAAACCAAAGGUGAUUGCAGUUGCUAGGUGGAGACCAAGAGAUUCAAGUCGCGUCACGGUGCAAUGACAGUCAAUUAUUUCCAGUAAUGUAUAAACAAAGCGAGUGUUCCUUGCAUACGUUUUUCAGAGGCACUCAAAAUGGUAUUUUUAAAAUGUGUGAUCAUAUCUUAAACUAUGCUUUAUGUGCUUGAGAUGAUAAUCAACAAGACGAAACAGUCAUUUAGGGAUGAUUGUGGUUAGGUCGCUAGCCUGUAAAUUAUUGUAGUUGACAAAUUCUGUUCACACAUAACACUGUCAUCAUAUUACCACACUUCAGGGCAUGUCUGAAAGGGGCUUUUCUUAUCCCUAUAUAAACACCUUUCAUGUAACUUAGAAGGGGAAAACUAGUGAUUGAUUAAACAUUACAGUUCAUUUAAUUAAAACAUACUGUUAUCGCUGUAUGUUGUGCUGUACAUAUACAUUAUCUAUAAAAUAGAAUUAUACAUAGCCAAGUUAAACACUGGUGCUGUCAUAGCUAUUUCAUAGAAAUCUGUUUAAUUCAUAGAUAAAUAUUGCAUUAGCAAUUAUUGAUACCAUGCCCCAUUGCUAAUCUUUAGUAGUGAUUUAAGAAUUUAGUUUCAUUUUUAUUUUAAAAACAUAUUUUCAGGUAACUCCGAGAUUGAGUUGUAAUUCACAAAAUUUAACCAAUUAAUUCAAUAUGAUUCUUUAAAAUUGGCUUUAUAAAGACUUUAACCAUAAACUUGUUAUUUAGCCUAAAGAGCGUAAAAUGGAAUGUUGCUUUUCUAUAAUUAGGUUGUGGUGGAUUGUUGUAUUAGUAUAGCGAAGACUUGACUGACUAGGCACCAAAGCAACUCACUUGAGAGAGACACAAGUAAUGAGUGGUACUGAAUGAGCCAGGAAACAGCAAAGUGUCAAAAGGGAGCGAGCGAGAGGUGAUAGAAGAUGGCAGUAAAGAUGUGUGGAAAGAUGGGAAAGGUUGUUAAGAAGAGUCCAAGUAACGUUUGAAACGAUAUGGAAAGUUAAGUAUGUGCUAAGAGUGGAAAAUGACAGUCGCCAUUGUACAAAGCUUUCAUAGCUAGUUGAACAUUUGUGUUGUUCCGUUCAAACUAUUUAUUUACUGCUGCUACUAUUUUUAUUCUUUAAUUGUGUUGAUUGCUUUAGACGCUGCCGUCACGUCUUUUUCCCCAAAGUACAAAAUACUUUUGCCAAAAAAGUGAACUCCAAUGCAAAGUCUGCACGUCUUUUUACCAAAUACUGACCAGAAGAGCAAGUUGUGAGGAAGGUGAAAAGCAAGUGAGAGAAAAGCACUAACUCUUGACACCUCGCAUCAUACAAAUGCAAGUCAUUACAUCAUAGGCGGGUUAUCUAUCUGUGUGUCAGUCUGUCCAGAUGUUUUAGGUCAUGCCCAUCCACUGUAAGCUUGACAACUGCACACCAAAGGUGUCCACAACCCAACAAAUACAUUGUUAUUGUAACAACUGUUGUUAUUGAUUGCUAUCAGCUAUGAUGUAUAUGAAUUUUCCCUUUUUGAACGGCUACAGAGGGAGACUGGCACACGCUAACACACAACGGGCCGAGCAGUCCAAAGUUGCGCCAUUAAUGGAGUUUCAUAAGUUUGUGUCUCAGUUUGCCUCCACUAGAUGUCAUAAAUCUUGAUUGCUCCAAAGUGAUACCUGAUACAGAUGACUAUUUAUCCGUGAAUGUGAAAUUUCAUGUCAACUAGCGGUGCACCGAUCAUAUUUUUUUGGCCAAUCGUUGGUUUUUGAAAAGCCGGAAUUGCCCAUACUGAUUUUUAUCUUAACCAACAGCGUGUACCUUUAAUAUAACAAUUACCGUAUUGGGCCGAAUAUAAGACAGCCCUGAUUAAAAGACGACACCCCCCCCCCUUUUUUUCAAAACUCAAGUUUUAAAAAAAGACUUUUUGAACACCAAAUUAAUUUUAUACAGAAAAUACUUACAUCUGCAGCAAACUAUUAUAACAAUAUAUUUGAGAGAAAAAGCAUGUUAUUUUGCCUCAUUCAAAUCUUAAUAUCUGAACAUUUAAAUAUGUAAACUAAAGUGCAAUCACAUUCGUAAAUGAAUGGAUUAUUUACAUUUCAAAAACCAGAAGCCAAUCUAUUUUGAUAAAACAACAAAAUUGCAAUAACUGCAUUAACCAUCAAAGUGAAGUCUAACUGUAACUGUAGUCUUGAAACAACAUCUGAAAAAGGAAAAACAUUGCAAUAAAAUAAUGCAAACUGGUUAAACUUAGAGAGUAGCUGCGAUCUCUCAUGGCAGAACAUCGCUUCAAUGAUAUCUGGCGCCAUCUAGCGUCGUGAAUGGGUAUAAUGUCUAGACCGCGAAUAUAAGACGACCCCCACUUUUUCAGUCUUAUUUCAAUGCAAAAAACUCAGUCUUAUAUUCGGGCCAAUACUUGUUUAUUUGUGGGUUUUUUUGUGUUUUUUUAAUCAACAUUGAACGUUACCUAUAAAAUAAGACUGUGCAUGCAGUAGUUUGAUUAAAAAAAUAAUAAUUGAAGCCCCCCGCCAAAAAACAACUAAAUUGUAAUUUAAAUUUUAUUUUGCCUUACAAAAAGAAAAUCACAAUCCAGCUAUCUCUAUCUCUCCCCCCUAUUUGUGCUGUCAACCCCCAAAUACAAAUAAUCUGUUGAAUACGUUGUUGCCAGUUUAAUGUUUUGGCAAGAACACAACUAAAUAAAACUUGAAUUAUUUUUUUUCAUCAUCUGCAACAAAAAUCUCAAAUCAAUUCAUAAACUCAAGUUAUCGCUCUGCCCUAAUAAAUAUCACCAUUUUAAAAAAUGAAAAACGUUUACAUAGGUUAUCUUUAUCAGUGGCAACCGAUGAAUUUACUAAUAAUGAUGUUCUUAACAAAAACAAAAUGAACAUUGACCUAGUUUGCCACUUCAACACUUGAUUAACUCAUUAGCUACCAAUGACAGCAAUAGACGUUCAAUCCAUUUGAACUAGGUAGUUUUGGUCUGCUCGGCCUUUAAUCUCUUUGACUUGACUUUAAAGCCACGGUUUACGUCCACGAGGCUCACGUGUACAAAAAGCAAAUCAGGUGCUUUGUCAUCCAGUCGUAAUUAACACUGGAUCCGUGUCCUCCACCCUUUUCCCCUCAGAAUCCCCCAGAUGGGUCCAGUCUCCCACUGUCUAACGUUGUUUUGUUUAUAAGCUGAUGUGCACCGACAUACUCUAUGUGCUACUUGGAUUGUAGAACAGGGGUGGACCCAGUAUGGACCCAUCUGAUCUAGUAUGGCUCCUGGAGGACUCUGUCCAAUGGAGGAAAAAAAGUCCCCCCACCCCUGCUGUAGAGACACCAAAUAUUUAAAGUGAUCCCACCCAGGCUUGAUGUGUAUAUUAGCUCGCCAGCCGUGUAUAUAAACAGUGAAGCUAGCUGCUAGCGCCUACCUGAGCUGUGCCUUGGCGUCCAGCAGCGGAUUUUCUCUUUCUCUCUCCCUCUUCCUUUCUCUAUGUAUUUGUGUGUUUUAAAUCCCAUCUGUAAGUAAACCAAAUAUCAUCGUCACUAUGCAGUCAUGCAAAAUUAUGUGGGCUUGCGCCGACCGGUACGUUAUAAAGACUCCCACCCUAAUAGUGUGACACAGUCAGUUUCAAUGAGCUGACACAUAUUUAAGGAUUGUAUAUGGGUGGGAGGGAUUUUAUUUGCUUGUUUCUUGAUUUUUUUUUUUCUUUUAAGGAGGACUAUAGUGUUGCUGUUAAGCAGGGGUGAAGAACCGACAGAUUACGGGCCAUAUACAGCGGGGGAAAUGAUGAUUCACACCCCUGCUGAAUUUGCAAGUUUGCUCACACAGAAAUAAACCAUUUUUAGAGAUAAUUUUUAUUGAUUGAAACAGAAAAUCCGCUGUAUAAAACGACGAAAACACAAGAGAUGUGCAUUUUUCUUUUUAAAUACGAGUUUGAUUGGUUUUGUUAAAUUGAUUACCGUAUUUUUCGGACUAUAAGUCGCACCAGCCAUAAAAUGCCCAACGAAGAGGAAAAAAACAUAUAUAAGAUGCACCGGAGUAUAGAAGUCGUGUUUUUUGGGGAAAUUUACUUGAUAAAAUCCAACACAUAGAACAAUUAUGUCAUCUUAAAAGGCAAUUUAAAAUAAAAAUACAAUAGAGAACAACAUGCUGAAUAAGUGUAAAGUAUAAUAAUGUUACAUGAUGCAUGAACAACGAAAUGCGAAUGUACCUCUCACCAGGACUCUACGGCUGAGUCCUGGCUAUACAGCAAGCUAAAUUCCCAAAUGUCGAUGCUGGACGUCCGUAUAAUUUGCUGACUUUAUCUUGGCCGUCGUUAUGACACCAUCAUUUGGAGAGUGAAACUAAGAAAUAAUACCGUAUUGGCCCGAAUAUAAGACGGCCCUGAUUAUUAGACGAUCCCCUCUUUUUCAAAGACUCAAGUUUGAAAAAAAGACUUUUUGAACACCAAAUUAAUUUUUCUACAGAAAGUACAGUACAUCUGAAACAACCGAUUAUAACAAUAUAUUUGAGAGAAAAAGCAUGUUAUUUUGCCUCAUUCAAAUCUUAAUAUCUGAACAUUUAAAUAUGUUAACUAAAGUGCAAUCGCAUUCGUAAAUGGAUGGCUUCUGGUUUUUGAAAUGUAAAUAAACCAAUCUAUUGUGACAAAACAACAAAAUUGCAAUAACUGCAUUAACCAUCAAAGUGAAGUCUAACUGUAACUGUAGUCUUGCAACAAAUCUGAAUAAGGAAAAACAUUGCAAUAAAAUAUUGCAAACUGGUUAAACUAAAAAGAGUAGCUGAGAUUUGUCAUGACAGAACAUCGGUUCAAUGCUAUCUGCCGCCAUCUAGCGUCGUGAAUGGGUGUAAUGUCUAGACUGCAAAUAUAAGACAACCCCCUCCUUUUCAGUGUUGUUUCAAUGCAAAAAACACCGUCUUAUAUAUUCGGGCCAAUACGGUACAAAUCCAUUCCGUCCUCAAUACCGAACUGGUUUGCAUCAAUGUAAAUAAAUGAUAAUUAGCUGCUAUUACAGCAAUGACACAAACGGUUCGCAUGUAUUUGCUAGCAUUAGCACACCGUUCAAACAACCACACAACUGGCUCUAAGUGUCCGAUCGCGGGUGAAAAACACAACAACAACAACAACAGAAAAGAUGCUACACACAGGCGCUGCCUCUGUAGAGAUAUUUUACAAGCAUUGACAAUGAACGUAGGUUCGCAGCCAUGUUUCUCUCUCUCUCCCGCCCACUCGCUCAGACGCUGCAUAGCUGUCCGCCUUCUUCUAGCGUGUGAGCGCUCUUCUUCGCGUAAACAAGUGCAGGUGCACCCCCACUUGGGCGUGAAAGCGCCACAAACUAAACGCAUGCAUUUCAAUAUAAAAAAAGUCAAUAAUACAAUUGAACACACAUUGCCAAAGGCAGAACGCGAACGUGGCUAUAGCUAUUAAGAGUUAUUCAGAUAAGUAUAGCAUAAAGCAGGGUUCCCCAACAACUGGGCCACGGACCGGUACCGGUCUGUGGCGCAUUUGGUACCGGGCCACGCAGAAAUAAUAAUUUAUUAACGACUGCAUUCUGGCCGAUUGACUUUGGCCUGUGCCGCUUAGCACACCAAUAUCCCUGUCUACUCUAGAUAUACAACUACAGGAUAGGAGGUCGUCAUAGAAAUGCAUUGAUUGGACUGUUAGCAGUACAUCUUGUUUUGUAUAUCUAUGUGCACGUGGCCUCGAUAAUAACGUAUGACGUAGGUCGUCGCCCAUCACAUUUGUUCCCGGAAAUAUUUAGCCCCCACACUUUAAUGACUGGAAAAACAGACGUCUUUGGACAGAUUUUUUACAGGGAAAAGGGAACCUGACGAGCCAGAAGAUGAGCCUACAACCUCGAAGAAAACAAAAUCUAUGCUACUUCCCAAUUACUAAAGACCCACGAACUGCGAAGGAGUGGAUUCGUGACCCGUAUGUGAAUAAAACGAGUGAUUCGAGCAUGUCUGUGCAACAGGAAUAUCAGCUUGUAGAGAUGGCAAAUCACGGUGACCUUAAACGUACAUUUGAGACAACAACUUUACCGAGGUUCUGGAUUAAAGUAAUUUCGGAAUAUCCUGACAUCGCUAGGAGAGCACUGAAAACAGAAACAUUUCCAACAUCGUAUCUUUGUGAAGCGGGCUUCUCUCACUCUCCCAUCUCGGGACAAGCUCAGGCCUCCCACUGAUUCAGCGCGUGAGUUGUAUUUUCCCUGCACUUAACACGACGGGGCUAAAAACAAAUGUUAUUUUAUAUUUGCUGUAUUUUUCUGCCGCACAUUGCCGGUGUUCUGACAUUGCAUGCGCGCAACGUUAAAAAUGACUGCGAAUGCAGCGAUUCCAAAUUAAAUACUCCAAAUUUUCUUUAUAUUAACUUACGUUUGCCAUGUUAGCUGCACACAACAACUGCACCCAGCUCUCUCACUUAACGACUGUGUCGUUAAGCAUUAAUUUACGCCAUUUUCGUGUUGCACAUGUAUGUUUAUGAUGUAAAUAGCUUUUUGCACCAUUGGAUAACAUUGAGAGUCCAAUUGAAUAUAAAAGAGGGCUUUUUUUCACCGCAAUAUUUGGGAGCAAAAUUUAUAAGGUUGUAAAAUUUGACAGAACACCAGUCCGUGAAAAAAAGACCCAAAUCACACCGGUCCGUGGUGAAAAAAAGGUUGAGGACCCCUGGCCUAAAGAACAUGCUAACAAGUUUACCAAACCAGCAGUGUCACUCCAAAACACCAAAAAAACAUGUGAAAUGAUAUAAUAAUGUGUUAAUAAUUUCACACAUAAGUCGCUCCUGAGUCGCACGCCCAGCCAAACUAUGAAAAAAACUGGGACUUAUGGUAUGUUUGAUAUUGGAAGUAAUGUAUAAUAAUUAAUUUAGCGACAUAAUGUACAGCGCUUAAAAUUGAUAUUGUUUUGCAAACCGUGUUUUUGCUUCUUUAUUUCUUUGUCAGCAAACUUAGAAAUUGAAGGGAUGCAGUUAUAAGACAUGCUUAAUUUCACCCACAAACCCUCAUGACAUUUUGCCUAUAUGUAAAAAGGUUCUUCUUCUUCCCCCUGGCGUAACGUCUCUCAAGUGCACGUCGUUGUCACAGCAUUUUGAUUCUUUUUAGGAGUUGCACAUGACUUGUUUUUUGUUGCCAGGAAUGUUGAAUUAUUUUUGAUAAGCUCUUGUGUCAAGCUCACAAUUCCACUUCAUUCUCACACCACACACAGUGUUCGUUAGAAAGCUCUCUUCCUUUAUUUGAUUAUUUCUCACUUAGCUGUAUACAAGUCUACCAAAAGUCUGUAUUGAUGGUGAUGAUUUAUUAUAUUUUAUUGGUAUGUUUUUUAUGAUCAUUGUAUUUGAUGAUUUAUAUGAUGUAUGGUUUCAAAAUUAUUUUGAGUUGCUAUUAUGGAUAUUAUUCAGGGCAAAGAUGACACCAAAUUGAACAAAUAGAUCAUAAAUAGAGAGUGGAACCUCCAAAGUUCAAGAUGAUAGUGUGAUUAUAAAUACCACACGGAAAUGGAACUUAUUUCAACAUAGGAGAGGCCUCAGCACACUGAGCAAUAACGAUUAAAUAUCAAUUAUAAACACAAAUUAGUGUAAUUUUGCUUUAAAAUAGUUUCUUUAUACAGUGGUUAACGUCUUUUGAAUACUUUUAUGACCAUUAAGAAUGUAAAAAUGUUACAUAAAGAGUAACCUGUACAGUUGAUAAAAGAUGUUAUGAUAUUUCCCUUUUUCUUUUUAAUUUAUUUCCCAUGAGAGGGAAGUAAAUAGUUUGGAACAACUUGAAAGUCAGACAGGAGCGAUUCAACUUGACAAGGUUCCACUGCAGGUGUUGGCCUGGUGGAUAUUUGUCUAUGGCUGUAAUUGAUGUUCAGCUGCUUCUAGCUACCACUCCAGCUCAACUUUAUUGUUAUUAUUACUAUUAAGUAUUGUUGUUGUACUGAUCAGAAAUCCUGAUCACUUUGACUCAAUUUGAGUUAUAAAUUGUGUGCUGUUGCUUUAUUUUCUCUCCGCCAUCACAAAAAAACCCUGCCCUGCUUUUAAUUUGACAUAAAAGUUAUUUUUUUUUCUUUUAUAAUUAUUUAAUCUGUUUGAUGAUUAUUUUUGUAUUCUUCCUGGUUUCUUUAAUGCUGUAGUAAGUGAACUGAUUGGUCAAAAUAUAAGAGCUUUUCUUUUAUUUUCUUAAAAGCUGCCGUGACUGAUGUUGCACUUGUUAUGCGUUUUUAUUAGGAAUAUUUUGGAGGGUUGUGUGAACUUGUGUCUUGCGUUGUAGACGACCCCACCUCUUAUUUUUGUAAGAGUCACAACUGUUUUUUUUUUCUUUCUUGUCUUAUUUAUGUGACGCAGUAAGAACAUCAUUCAACAGUGUAUUUUCUUCACUGAUUAUAUUUAUUAUUGUCUUGAUUUUUGUUUAUGCUUGUUUGUUUUUGCUUUUUUUUUGUUUUUUAAUACAUGACUUGAGAGGUGCAGUCAAAAUAUAGAAUUAUUA